CAUUUAUUUGCCUUGUUCAAGAAAGCCAAGAUUGUUAAAUUUACCAUAAUUAGAACGUUUUAAAAAAAAAAAUAACGCAGCAGAAAUGCUGCUGCUGUUUAAUUAUAAUUUUACUUAUUAAAUAUGCUGACGAUACAUUUUGAGGCACAUAGCCACACAUAGACACAUAGAAAAACCAACCAACCAACCGAGGCAACGCCACCCACACACACAAGGAGAGAGAGAAACAGGAGCAGGAGCGCAGGCAGGAGCUGCCGGAGCGGCGAGGCGCGGCGAUUCCCGCCCGAGCCAUCGACUUCGCCAUGAAGGUGGAUACGGUAAAGCUGAAGAAGGGCUCUUCGGAGCUGACUUCGGAGUGCCGCGAACUGAUCGAUGAGCUCACAAAGCGUCGCACACGCUCCGAACUGCUCGAGUUUCUCGACAAAAUCCAUGUAUGGAUCUACGGCAAGUGCGAGCUCUAUCACUGGAUCGAGAUACUCGAUCGUUUCGACAAAAUACUGGAUGAGGCAGCCAGACAUGUGAAUUCCAAUGAAUUUGUGCUCCAAUGCGACACACAAUUCCACUCAACGGUAGGUCCCACGGAUGUAACAUUGCUGCUGCAUGUGCUGAACUUUACGACACUCUUGAUCGAGCAUUCGUUCUCGAGGCAUCUGUACAACUCCAUUGAGCAUCUGACACAGCUGCUCUCCUCACAGAACAUGGACAUUGUCCUGGCGGUACUCAAUCUGUUGUAUAUGUUCUCGAAGCGCAGCAACUUUAUACCACGUCUGCCCUUUGAAAAGAAGGAACUUCUGAUUGUGAAACUCUUUAACAUUGCAGAGCGCUGGGGCGAUCCAAACUAUGGCCUCUCGCUCAAGGACUGCUGCAUUGGCGAGCCAAAGCUGGAGUUUCUCUAUCAGCUGUGCAUCGACUAUGUGGAUGAGCAUGGACAUGCUGCACAGCUGGAAAUCCCUGACAUGAUGGACCUCUGCCACACGGCAUCGGCACCAGACGUGAUCAAAACGAUUGCCGGACAGAUCUCAAAGCCCAGUGAGGCAAUAAAGAUGCGCAUUGCUCAUCGUGUGCGUCUUAUUUCUGGCUUCAACAACUACAAGCUGCGCCUGCAGUUUGUCCAGGCCCGCCUGCAGGCGGUCUCAAUUUUGAUUUACUCAAAUGCCCUGCAGGACAACACAGACAAGGUUCUGUAUCCCGGCUUUGGGGAAGAGCUAUGCGAGCUGAUCGACAAGGAGGAUGUGAUCCUGGUGGAGAUACGCGCCGCCGUUCUGCGCACCCUCACAUCCAUGCUACACUUUGAUCGCAAUCCAAAUGUGCCCAGCAGGGCCGGAUCGCGGCUAAUGAAGAUUGUGCAUUACACAGGCGCCGAGCGGCAGGGCGGCACAUUGCCACUGCUGGUGCGCGAUUGCAUUAAUAAUCUGACAACACAUGGCCUCACGGAGCGAUAUCCAUUGAUACUGGCCACAUCGCUGUUCUCGCUGCUGUACCAUUUGGCCAGCUAUGAGCUUGGGGGAUCUGCCCUCGUCAAGAGCGGCAUGAUGCAGUCGCUGCUGUGCGUAAUCAGUUGGCCCGGCGUUGAUCUGGAGCACAUCACAUUUGUGACACGCGCCGUGCGUGUGAUUGAUCUGAUCACAAACAUUGACAUUGCCCGAUUCCAUCAGAAUAAUGGACUGAAUGUGUUCAUCGAUCGACUGGAGAAGGAGAUUAAGAGCUGCUGCAAGGCCCUGGCGGAUAUUGGCAUCACACUGAAAGAGUCCACCCUUAGGGAUGAGAGUAAACUGGAUAUGUCACUCGAUCUAGUCGAUAUCGAAGAUGGAAGUGGCUCCUCCCCGCAUCGUGACACAUCCGAUGAUCAACUCGGAGGCAUCCAUCUCGAUGAUGAAGAUGAGGAGCCUCCAGCGGGCAGCUUCAGCAGUGAUCCUGGCGACCAAGGGCGCUCUGUGAUCGCCAUGUAUCCAUUGAAUAGUUACUAUGCCCGUCCUCUGGCCGAACGUAAGGCCGAACUGUCGCAGGCACAGCUGCCCCCGAGCAGUGUUCAGCCGAAGAAGCCCUCGUGCGUCACACAGCGUGCGGCGCUGCUCAAAUCGAUGCUGAACUUCCUGAAGAAGAGCAUCCAGGAUCAUGCGCACUUCAGCAACAUGCGCAACAUCAUGGAGACGAGCCUCACACAGUCGCUGCGGCACAUCAUCGCCAAUGCCGAGUACUAUGGCCCCUCGCUGUUCCUUUUGGCCACCGAUGUGGUCACCGUGUACGUAUUCAAUGAGCCGUCGCUGCUCUCCUCCCUUCAGGAUCUGGGCAUCACCAGCGUUAUGCUAAAGGCCCUACUCCAAAAGGAUGUCCCAGCCACACGCGAAGUUCUUGGCUCCCUGCCCAAUGUCUUUUCGGCUCUAUGCCUGAAUGAGCGCGGCCUGUUCGAGUUCCUCUCGUAUGAUCCGUUCGACAAGGUGCUCAAGGUACUACUCUCCCCGGACUAUCUCGUGGCGAUGCGCAGGCGCCGCUCCUCGGAUCCACUUGGGGAUACGGCCACCAAUUUGGGCAAUGCCAUGGACGAUCUCAUUAAACAUCAUCCGUAUCUGAGGGCCGAUGCCACCGAGGCGAUUGUGCGGCUGCUCAGAGAACUGGUGCGCCUUGGCUCCGAUCCCAGCUUCAUUUGCUGGCGUGCCAACAAAGAGAGCAGCGGCUCGGGCAGCGGUUCACAUGGCUCGGGCUCCCAUGGCGUUCUACCCUCGGUGACGGCCUCACCCAUGGUGAUGGUGGCGGGCGCAGGCGGCACAGCCUCUGUGCUGCAGAGUGCGGCCAAUGAUAAUAACGACAGCAGCGGAGAUGAUGACGAUGACGAUGAUGAGAUGAGCUCCGCCUCGCAGCAACAGCAGCAGCCACCACCAGGAACGGUAGGAGGAGGCGGCGUCGUUGUUGUUGCCUCCACAUCACGUGGCGCUGCCUCGCUGGCAGCAGGUACCGCGGGAGCUGGCAUACCAGGAGGAUGCCUCACCGUUGCCACCACUUCAUCAUCCUCCUCCUCGUCGUCGUCGUCGGCUCUGGCGCGAGCCUCGGUGUCGCCGCCAGAGCGUGAGGCCAUACCCCUGAUCGAUUACAUCCUCAACGUAAUGAAAUUCAUCGAAGCGAUCUUCAGCAACAGCGACCAUUGCCGCGAGUUUGUGCUGCAGGGCGGACUCAGGCCCAUUCUGCAGCUGCUGUCGCUGCCCAAUUUGCCCGUGGAUUCGCCGGUGUCCACCACCUCGCAGGCUGUGGCGAAUGUCUGCAAGGCGAUACUAAGCCAGGCGCAGGAGACAAAGGUGCUCGAUGUGGCCCUCAAGCAACUGGCGGACAUUGUGGGUAAGCUGAAGCCCCUCAUCAAGCACUUUACCUUCCCUGGUGGCAGUGUCCUGCUGGCGGAGUUGGUCUGCUGCCAACGGCUGGAGGAUGGCUUUGCCAAUGCCGAAUACACACCGAUCCUGCACAACAUGAGCUUUGUGCAUGGCUAUGUGGUGAUGCUGGUGCAUCUGUGCCGCAAUGCCUCCACGGAUAUGCGAGCCAUUCUUCUCAAGCGUUGGGGCGUCAAUCGUGAGACUGGCGUCAAGCUGCUGCAGCAGCUCGUCCAGCUGUACAUUUCGCUGGUGUGGGAGAGUACCAUACUGCUGAACCUCUGCUCCGAUGAGCCCACACAGCAUCCGGAUCUGAUCUGGGAUGAGAUUGCCGCCCAAAUGUCCGCAGCCGCUGGCACCGCCGAUCCCAUGACCGAAGCAGAUCUCUCGAGGAAGCUGGAGCGUGCCGCAGAGUUUCGCACAAAGUAUACUCCCGAGGAGCAGUUCCGGUAUAUCAAGAGCCUGCUGGCGGCCAGCUCACGGCUGGGCCGUGCCCUCGCCGAGCUGCUUGGCACGCUCGUCAAGCUAUCGGUGGGCUCCCCACAGACGCGCCAGCGCCGAAUCAACGAUCUGAUCAGUAAUAUCAACAAAGUUCCUACACCGGAGGCGCGGGAGAUAGCGCGCAUAUUGAGCUCCAUUCUGGUAAAUGGAUUCAGCCACGAGAGCAUCCUGCCCAAGCCCGUGCCCAAGCUGAAGCUGACGUUCCUCAUCUGCUCGGUGGGAUUCACCGGUCCUAUGCUGUUCGACGACAAACGCUCCGCGUUUCAUCUAAUGAUCUCGCAGUUCUGCGCCGAGAACGGCCUCAAGGCGUUCUUCGAGAUGUUCUACUGGGCGCUGUCCCUGGACGCGGAGUCAAAGAAGUUCGAGUUCAAGCAGUGGGCAUCCAUGGAGGAUCUGAUGCAGUCGCAUGAGGAUGAUAAGCGUGACUGCCCGGAGGGUACCGGAGAGUUUCUCGAUGCCUGGCUGCAGCUGCUCGAGAAGAUGGUCAAUCCACGUGCAAUGCUAGACUCGCCCUACACGAUGAGUCCGCGCCUCAACUACAUGCCCGACACGGUGCCCUUUGAGCCGGUGUUCUAUCUGAUACACAUCCAUCAGCUGGCCAUGCAGGCACUGCGUCGGAUCUGGGCACGACGACCCAUUGCCAACUAUGGUGCCAGCAUGUUCGAGACAAUGAUUCUGAUUGUCAAGCAUCUGGUGAAGUCACAUGCCACGCUCCUGGAGCGCUAUCACACACGCCUGAAGGAGAUCAAGUUCGAGAAUCUUUACAUACGCAGCACGGACGAUGGCCUGAAUGUGGAGCAUAUCAAGAGACUGACGGACAUGGGAUUCACGCACUAUCAUGUGGUGGAUGCGCUGCGCAACAAUGGCACCCUGGAGGAGGCCACCGACUAUCUGCUGAACAACCCAGAGGCGAGUGCUCACUCCUCGCAUGCCGCCACGACCAGUGCUGGUGCGAGUGGUGCAGCCACAGCGCCCACACCGCCGCCCACAGCGAUGGAGAUAGGACUCGAUGGCACCGGUAUGGAGGGUGGCGAGUCAUCGGGCGGCGGCUCGGGCUCCACCAUCAGCCUGGGACCCACACCGACGCCCACAUUCAGCCAGUACAAAUCGGGCGGUAACCCAUCCAGCUAUGACUACAAACACCUGAAGCUGAUGCCGCCAAUGAUCUUUGAUCGUUUUUGUGACGAGGCCAUUGGCAGAGCCUUCGAGUUCAUGGAGGCCAUACCGGAUGUGGUGAACAGUGCCUCGGAUCUCAUUGCCGUGCUCUACAGGCGCCACAAUCACCUCAACAAGCAGGUCUUUGUCACGAACUUUGUGCGCAAUGUUAUCCAGUGGGUGGACUUUACGCUGCAGCUCUUUGAGAAUCCACGCCAGCCGGGCGCCACCUGCCGCGGCACACGUCUCGAGGAAUGCCUCACGGGCAUGACGGCAACGCGGCUGUUUGUGCGACUGAAGACCUCAACGCUGCUGUUGGAUGAGAACUUUAGCGACAUGCAUCGACCUUUGGUGGAGGCCAUCAAUGCCCAGGAUGCGAUGGUGUCGCUCGUCAAGCUGCUCGACAACAUGGCCCAGUGGAUGAUGGAGCAGUCUGAGAAGCCACAAGCGGAGCGCAUAACCGUGCCACGCUGGGUGCAGAAUCUGGUCGAUCUGAUUGAUGCCAUCGACAGCAUCAGUCACAUUUUGCAGCGCAAGUCCAAUAUGCGUGCGGUGUGCAGUGAUGUGUGGCGCUGGUACGAUGCAUCCACUGGCAAGUGGAAUGCCUACUCGGAGGCCAACAAUGAGCUCAUACGGAAUGCCUACAAUUCGGGCGAACGCUGGCUGCACAUCAACAUAGGGCGGCAGCGCUGCACCGUCUCCUUCAAUUGCAUGACGCAGGUGAGCGAGGCAUCUGGCAGCCAUCGUCCGGUCUUCCCUGCCCUCAAGCUGAGCGAGGCCAUUUCGAAUUUAAACAAUCCCGUGGCCGUCACGAAGGUGGAGCAUCUGCUGAAUCGUGUGAUACGCACAGCACCCGAUGGCCAGGGCACAACCCACACGGACGAAUUAAUUUCAUUGCGACACUUGAUGACAUUCGGCGAUGGCCAACAGACGCCAACAAUGGUGCAGCCACCAGCAGCGGCAACAGCAGCAGCUGCGGCGGCGGCAACGACGGGAACCAGCGAUGAGACCUCUAAUGAGUCAACGAGUGGCGGGGCUCGUGCCAGAGCACGUUCCCCACCCGCACCCAUGACAACACGCAGCAAAUCGAGACAGAGGAAUGCCGCUGCGGCAGCAGCAGCCAAGGCAAAGACAUCAAAAACAGCCGCAGCAACAGCGGCAGCGGCGGCGGCUCCGGCAGCAGCUGCAACACCAACGAUACCCAAACGCACCCAGCGGAUCCUGCUGAGCGAGGAGAAUGUGGGUUUGAGCAAAUUCGAUUGCGCACGGAUCAUUGGCAGCAUUGUGUCGCUGCUGCAGCCACCGAUAUUGCUGCAACACGAGACGAAGCUGUCGCUUUUGCGCCUCUGUGCACGUCUCACGCGCAACUACGAGAAUGCCCAGACAUUCAUACGUCGCGGCGGUGUCAAGAUGCUGCUGCAGCUGCAGCAGUCGUGCAGCUUCAUGGGUUUCCCCACCUAUGCGAUAAUCAUUCUGCGGCACGUGCUGGAGGCACCGCCAGUCCUACAGGAGGCCAUGGAGCGUGUGCUGGGCAUGCGUGCCGCUGGCAUAGUGCCCGUGGGACAACGCGAUUUGAUCUUUGUCCUCACCCAAGUCUCGACGGCUGUGUCGCGCAAUCCGCAAAUAUUUGUGGCCGCCGCCAAGGAGAUGCUGCGCGGCGAAUAUCUCAUGAAUUCGAACAGCUCCAGCGGCAAUGCCCUGGCGGACGAUGCACGCGUGAUGGUCAAGUCAAAGUUUGGCCAACAGCCGACAGCAGCCGCCGGGGGACCCAAUCCACAGACACCGCCACCCGCACCCGUCAAGGAGGAGAUGUGGGAGGAUCCGAUGGUGCAGUCGGCCGUCGCUGUGCUCAAGGAGCUGCUGCUGGCGCUGGUGCAGCCGUGCUGCCACUACAGCAUUGCCGUACCCACAAACGAUCAUCCUAAGGCAGCGGCGGAGUUGCCGCAAACCGAGCAUCCGGGCAGCACACAGUUCGGUGCUAUGGAAGAGGAUGAACCAACGCAGCAGCCGCAGGCAGCGGCCAACCAGCCACAAGCAGCGACAAGCAGCAACACCAAGAAAGGAGGAGCAGCAGCAGCUACUGCUGCUGGCACAGCGGGUCCCACGGGGGAUGGCAAAUAUGAGCCCUGCUGCUGCACGUGGCAUGUGCCCACCGCUGUGCACACCCACUCAAAGCCGACACUAUCGCGAGCGACGCUGCUGAAGUUGCUGGCAGAUGCCACACGCGCCUACCAGUCGCUGCUGCCGCGUGUCCUACUGGGUCAUGUGUACACACCCGCAGACAGUCCGCUGAUACAGGAACCACAAAUGACAUUCAUGGCCGUGCUGCUGGAUCGCUUUCUGCCCAUCACAAAGCGCCACCAUGUGCCCGAGGUGAGCACCAUGGCCCGCGUGCUCAUUUCCUCGCUCUCUGACUGCUAUCAGAUGCCCGGCGUGCAGGUGCAAGUGGCCGAGGAGCUGCAUGCGGCUGUCGCCAGGGCCCUGGCCCAGCCAGACUCAUCGGAGAAGCACACACGGCUGCAGGUGCUGAUGAGCCUCUUUCCGAACCUCAUCGAGUCGCCGAUGCUCUUCGAUAAGGUGCACAUGCACCGGAAUAGCAUGUACCGCGUCCUGUUGCGGCAGGGCGUCAUGACGUACCUCACGAAGAUUGCCCAGUACAAGGAUCUGUCGAACCACAACACGCUCUGCACUCUGGCCUCCAUUCUGCGGCCCAUGGAGAUUCUGCUGCGCUUCAGCGUCUCCACGACGACCCUCAACUCCAAGCGGAUACUCUUUGGUGAUGCCAGCGCUGGCGGAGCGGGAGGCACGGGCGCCGGUGGCACUGGUGCCGGCAACAAUGCCUCUGGCACGGGCAUUGGAUCGUUCUCUAUGUCCUCCCUGGGUGGCGGAGGUGGCGGCGGCGGUAAUAGCGUGAACAACACCUAUGGCGCCAUCAUCAAUCGCCGCCUAUAUCCUCGCCUGGCUGCACGCACGGCCGCCGGAGCGGCUGUCGAGCGAUCGAAUGGCAUGGGCGGAGAGCAUGUCCUGCGGGACAUCAUCCGCAACGUGCUCUCGGACAGACGGCACGCCUUUGAGUUUAUCUUCAACUCGGACGAAAUGGCUGUGGAUCCAGAGGAUGCGCCACCGCCAGCAGGCGGCGGAGUAGGAUCAGGAGCAGCUGGCUCGGGCGCCGGACCCGGAGCUGGCCUCGGCCUUGGACUGGGUCUCGGUCUCGGAUCGAGCAGCAGCAGCACCAGCGCCGCCGCUGCCUCCGUCAUUGAUGUGGUCGGAGAGCGCAACAGCAGCAGCAGCGGCGGAGGCGGCGGCAUCGGCAUCGGUGGAGAAGCCAACGAUGGACCAUCGGGAUCGGCAGGCGCUGCAGGUGGCUCCUCAUCCGGUGGACCCGUUCGUCCCGUCCUCAACUUUGAUCAGCUCUGGGAUGACUUUCUGCAGAGCGAAGGACUGCGUCUGGCCUCGCGCGCAGGCGGCACAGGCGGAGGGAGCAGCGGAAGCGGCGGAAGCUCCUCGCAGCAACACGCACAGAACGGUGGCACAUCGAGUGCAACAAGUGGCACUGGCGCCGGCUCCGGCUCUGGCAGCUCCCUCAAUGUGGAUCCGCGACUGCGCAACUCCCAGCCCGAUGGGCAUCUCGCACAGGAUGGGCCCAACGCCAGCAGCAGUGGCGGCGGCAGCGGCAGUGGCAGUGGCGGCAAUGACAACGGCCUGGGCGGUGGCAACAGCGAUGGCGCCUCCACCUCAUCCGAUACGGGCGCCCGGGAGAAUCGUCGCGAGAUGAAUGCCUCCAUGGUGGGCGAUGCCAGCAGCUCGGACUCAGAUUCGGAUGGCUCCUCGGAGAACGAUGAGCGAAACGAUGAUGAGGAUGACGACGAGGAUGAUGCACCCGACGAGGAUGCGGAUGAGCACAGCGAGACGGAUGUCGAUGAGGAGCGUCCGCGACAAUUUAUCGAGGUAUUCGAUCACAUCUAUGAGCCAGAGUCCUCGGAGACGGCCUCCAAUGAUGCCGAUGUCGAUGCCGACGAUGAUGAUGAUGACGAUGAUGAGGAUGUCGAUGAUGAUGACGCGGAUGACGAUGACGAUGAUGAGGAUCGUGCCGCCGGCAUCGAUGAUCCUGAACUUGAGAACCAAAUCGUCGACAUUGCCCUGGCCCUGAGGAACUCCAAUAAUCGACCAAGACGCAGUGCCGCCAUCACGGCAUCCGGCGAACCAGUGCCCGAUGAUACCUUGCCCGAUGACGACGAUGAUGAUGAAGAUGUCGAUGAUGAUGACGAUGAUUCGGCCGUCAAUGAGGCAGCAAGUCGCGCCGAAGCCUUCCUCUUCGAGCGUCUCGUUGUGGAUAAUCCCCUGCUGAUGCCCCAACCGCCGACCAGCUUCCGGGUGCGCAUGAACAGCUCCAUUGCCCAGCCCCUGGACAUUGAUGUGAACGGAGGAGAUGGUGGUGGAGGGAAUGUCAGUGGUGGUGCAAGUGGUUCCAGUGGUGCCGCAGGAGGACCCGCUGCAGGCUCAUCCUCAGCCAGAGGCGGCUCUAACGUAAGUGCAGCCGGUGGCAGCAGCAGCGGGGGCGAACGCCCAGUGGCCUCUGCCCUGCGUCCCUCAUCGCGUUCCUGGAUUGCACCGGACUUUAGCUUCAUUAGCGCCUCAGGAGGAGUACCCCAGGGUGCGAGCGGCAGCAAUGCCCCAGCCAAUGGAAACGAGGGAGCAGUCAACGGCGCAGGAGGCGGUGGCUUCCACACACCCAGCGGAGGAGGAGGAGCGCCGACAGCAGCAACCGCUUCGAACAACCAAAACCAGAACAUGAGCAAUCUCCUGGACGAACAGGUGUCCGGUGGUGGCACUGGCGGCAAUGGAGGAGCAACCGCUGCCAGCGGAGGCCAUCAGAGCGGCUCCGGUGGCGGUGGCUCCGGCUCCUCCACUCUGUGCAACAAUGGUGUGCGCCGCCGCUUAAUGUACUUGGAUCAGCAGUACUGCGUGUGCAUGCCCACGCACCAGAACCCGACGGAGGAGACACAGAUCGAGAUAUUUACACAGGAUGCGCUCCACUGGUGGCUGGAGGAGGCCAAGGCCUUGGACAUGGAGAGCCAGACGGAUGCCUGCCUGUAUGCGGCGCACUUCUUGCUCCCGUAUCUCAUACGUGAACUAAAGGCGGCACAUCAUCAGCGCAAGCAGGAGGAGGCUGCACGACAGGCGGCCCUGGCAGCCGCUGCAGCAGCCACGACAGCCACAACCAUAGCAACGCCAACGGCCACAACGCCAACGGCGACACCGAUACCGAUACCCACACCGACAUUUACGAGUGCCACAGCGACAGUGACAUCUGCUGCUGCAGCAGCCACAGGAGCAGCCAGUGCAGUUAGCAACAAUCGUCGCAGCUCUAUACCCGUACUGAUUCCCAUGCUAAUACCCUCAUCAUUGGCGCCAGCAAUGGCCGCUCGUGGUGCAAACCCUGAUGGCACAUCCGCCACCAGCAGCAGCAGCAGCACAACAACAACCGCAACGACUGCAGCUGUCACUGUGGCCCCAACAGCAGCCAUAGCGGCGGCGCCCACUGUGGCCACUUCUGUCAAUCCAGCUGAAGGUGAGCCGUUUACCACAACAGCACGUUCGCGGCCGCUGCGUGCACCAACACGUACUGCCGCACAGCGUCGCCAGGAGCAACGUUCAAUGAACUUCAACAUUUAUGCAGAAAUUGAUUUGACCAACGAACCGGAUAUCGAUGAUGAUGAUAAUGAUACAAUGACGGCAGGCACAAACGCAUUAGCCACCGCUUUGGCACAAAACCUGCAGAAUGUGGCACCAGAACCACCAACGGAAUUGUUUGAACCAGAAGAGGUGCAGGUGCAGGAGCAGGUACAGGAGCAGGCACAGCCGCAGUUACAUGAACAGGCCGAACCAUUGGCGCCACCACGUCAUCCGCCAGUCCCACAUUUGCCAGCCAGUGGCAGUGGCAGGCCACGGCGUGUCCAUAUGCGCGUACAGAAUAUAAAUAUAUUCAAUGAAUUUGGACAGAGUGCACCACGUGUGCUUAAUGGACGCACGCAUCGCUUGAUGUACGGCCAGCAACGACUGCACCACGCGGGACGUGGCCCGGCGCCACCACCACCACCGCCGCCACCAUUGGCCCCGGCACCGGCCUCAGUACUUGAUUUCUAUCCAGCAGCUGGAGCAGCGGCCGCCGAUCAGUCGAUCAAUGUGGAACUGGAUUUGGAGCCAUCACCAUUGGUUCCCACCGAUCAGGAUCUUGGGCUGGAGGCGGAUGAAGUGAAUCUAUUGUGGUCUGGCGCCUUUGAUGGCCAAGAGGCGGCACAGCCCCAGCAGCAGGGAGAAGAACAACAGCAGCAUCAGCAGGAGGAGGAGGAUGAAAACGAAGCCGAGGAGUCAGUCCAGAGCAUCAGCAACCGCCCAGGACCACCGCCACCACCACCGACGCAGCCCAAUGAUAGCACAAUUCAGCCACCCAUUCAGGUGGCCAUCACCGAUGAGCCGCUAUGGGGAGCGGCCACACUCAGCCGUCCCCCCCGUCCGACCACAGCACAUCCGCAGCACCAGCAGCGAACUUCUGCCACCUCUGGUGGUCGCAGUGGGAAUUCCUAUUUGGGAUCGUCUCCCACUAAUGCCGGAGCAGGAGUAGGUGUAGCUGCCUCAUUGACAGCCUCUGCUGGCGGUGCUCCAACCACAGCUGAAACUACAGCCGCUGCCAGCACAGAGGACGGAGCAGCUGCUGCUGCAAGUGGCUCUGGAACCGCAACACGAACCGUCACAGACAUGAGUCCCGAAGUGCGUGCCGCUCUGGGUGAUCUAGAGGUGCCAGAGGGCGUCGAUCCCUCAUUUUUGGCAGCACUGCCCAGUGAGAUGCGCGAGGAAGUGAUCCAGGAGCAUUUGCGCAUGCAGCGCAUACGCCAGCGGGCCCAACAGAAUGCCAUCCAAAUUGCACACGAUUCGCUGGUGGAAGUGAAUCCCGAAUUUCUGGCCGCUCUACCGCUCAGCAUACAGUCGGAGGUGCUCAUGCAGCAGCGCAUCGAACAGCAGCGACAAGCAGCACAGACAGCCAAUCCCGAGGAUCCUGUGGAUACGGCUGCAUUUUUCCAGAAUUUACCCGAAAAUCUGCGUCAAGUGAUACUCUCGGACAUGGAGGAGUCACAGAUUGCAAGCCUGCCGCCAGAGCUGGCCGCCGAAGCACAGUUCCUACGCCGCGACUGGGAGACACGCAAUGGCCCACGCCUAGGGGAUGUCCAUCCCCCCAGCAAUGCGCUAUCCCGUUUCCAGAACACACUGCAAAGCCUGGAGGAGGCACGCUGGCACAGUUCCAUUUGGUAUGAUGCCAGCGGCAAUGCACAGCCGCAGCAUCAUCAGCACACGACCAUUGUGCACCAUCAUCAUCAUUCGCCGAAUGUGUGCAAACCAUUGGCACUGCUCAUGAUGGAGGAUGAGAACAUUCUACUCGAUCCGGACUCCCUGGCCACGCUGCUGCUGUUCCUGUUCGUGGAGGAUCAGAAGGUGAACAGCAUGCGGCUGCAUCGCGUCAUCCGUAAUCUGUGCCACCAUGAGCCAACGCGCGACUGGAUCAUCAAUGCCCUGAUCAAUAUUGUACAGAAAACGAACGAGGAGAGUGCCAACUUUGGGGCGGGACAAGGACAAGGACAGGGUAGCAAGCCCGAUUGGCUGAAGCUGCGCGUGGAUGCAGCCUUUGGCUACAAGAGCAACAUCUUUUUGAUCAACCGCCUGAACGAUGAUGGCAGCGGCAGCAGUGCCAAGAGCAUUAGCAUCAAUCCGCAGGCAGCCCAAAUGAUUGUCCGCAACUGUUUGGACCUGCUGUUCGUUCUGGCCAAGCACUAUCCGUCCAGCUUUGUGCCGUAUCAUCGCGAGACCAAGACCCGUCGCAUGCUCAGCGCUGUGUUCGGUAUGCCGCCACCCGUUCCGGGUGCACGCGCCGAGGAACAGCAGCAGCAGCAGCCCCCACCCGCUGGCGGCACUCUCGACUUUCGUUCGCGCUUCUAUCGCUACCAGGUGGCCAAUCGGAUGCGUGCAAUGCUCGAGGAUCACCCGCGAAUGCUGGCACCACCCACACCGCCUCCACCAGUCCAGGCCGCAGUCACAGCGACGCCUCUGGAUGAGACUCCAUCCACAUCGAAAGCGGCUGCCGCCAAGGCAGCCAAGGCUGCCACAACGACUGACAGCAAUAGCUACCAGACGAAUUCGUACAACUUCUGGGAUGUGGUCCUGAACAUUGAUCGCCAGACGGAGGAGCGCAUGAAGCAUGUGUCAAAGUUCCCCAUCGUCUCGCAGCCGUCCUGGGAGUGGGUAGCCAAAACGGGAGACUUUCUCGCGUUCAGCGACUCGCCGUUCGGCCAACUACUGGCCAUGCUGCCGUACAAGGUGAUCUGUCGGUCGCCACAUCUGACGGACAUGCUCGUGAAGCUGCUGGCCUCUCUCAGCACAGAGCUGCCCAAGGAGGAGGAGCUGGGGCCAGUGAUUGAGCCGCAAAUGCCAACGCUGAUACCCAUGAAUCAGGCGGUGCUCAAUCAGCAGGCGCAACAGAAUCAGGAAAUGUCACAGGCAGCAGCCGCCUUGACCGGCGAAACGCACACCACCCGUCCCCUGCCCGAGCUCAAGAAGAUGCCGCCACCGCCCCCACUGACCCUACAGCUGCCCAUCAAGCCGAAGCGCAAGAUCUACGCAAAGAACUUCUCGCAGCUGCAGUUGGUCAUCGAAGUCUUGACGCAUCAGUGCGGCACCACCGAGGGCCUGGACAAUGUGGCCAAGCUGAUUGUCAAUCUCACGCAGUGCUCACAGGCAUCGAAUGCCAUUUUCAUUCAGUACUUGACCGCCGCCAUUCUGGGACUCGCCGAGGAGGUGCGCCAGGCCAUACAGACGCUGCUCCAGGAGAUACGAGCGUAUAACAGCAAUGCGGGAUUGCCGAGCACCUCGCAACAGGCGGCGGCGGCAGCAGCUGCGGCAUCAGCAGCUGCAGCAGCAGCGGCGGCAGUAGCAGCCGCGUCUGGACCCUCCACUUCAGCUGGUCUCCUUCCCAAUUUGGCCGUACACGAGGGCAUCAUGCAGGAUCGCUUCACAGCAGAGCAUGUCAUCAUUUCGGCACCAAAGAACGCCAAGCCCACGUGCGAGCUGCAGCUGCCGUCGAUGAAGAAGCUGAUGUCGAACUCAUCCUCGCAGCCGUUCUUCCUGCGCACAUUGAAGAUCUUCAUGCAGGUGCGGGACAUGUACGAGAACCAGACGGUGGCCUCUGACGAUGAGGAGGACUUUAUUGACAUCCUAGGCGAUGGUGGGGCCACCAGUGGCAGCAGUUCGGAUGCCUCACGCUUCCGUGCGCGAAUGGAGACGUAUCAACCCACGGAUGGCACCCUCGAUGGGGAUGCUGACGGUGACGGAGAUGGCGAUGGUGAUGGCGAUGACGAGGAUGAUGAAGAGGCCAUGCCAAUGGGUGGAUCGAGCGGCAGUUCCAUCGGCGGCGUCGCUUGUGCCAGCGGCAAAGACAGCAGCAAGCCCGGUAAGCCCACGCUCAGCCAGAUCCUGUGCCUCGAUGUCCUGUGGAACACGCUGAGCGAGUGCCUGGUGGCAUUGGAGGAGUCCAAGGAUGAGUUUGCCGUCCUCGUGCUGCAGCCCACAGUUGAGGCCUUCUUCCUGAUCCAUGCCUCACAUCGCAUACCCAAGAAGGGAACACGCGGCAGGGCCGCGUCAAGCCGCGCAUCGGCCGCCAAUACGUCUGCAUCAUCGGUGCAGGAUAUCUCACCACUGAUGGACGAGGGAAGCGGCAGUGGCAGCACCGCUUUUAGCUCGGAUGAUGCCCAGGAUGCCAGCAAUACGUCCAUCGGCAAUGGCAAUGGAAAUUCCAAUGCUGGAGCCGCAACUGCAAUCGGUUCCGGUUUGAGUGCCCACGAGGCACAGCUGAAGCAGGAUCGCCACAAGUUCCUUCAGUUCGCUGAGAAGCAUCGAACUGUGCUCAAUCAGAUCCUGCGCCAGUCCCCCACCCACCUCUCGGACGGUCCCUUUGCCGUGCUCGUCGACCACACACGCAUCCUGGACUUUGAUGUGAAGCGCAAGUACUUCCAGACCGAAUUGGAGCGCCUCGACGAGGGCAUUCGCCGCGAAGAGCACACGGUUAGCGUACGUCGUGUCACCGUCUUUGAGGAUUCAUUCCGCGUCCUCUACCGUCUGGGACCCGAAGAGUGGAAGAAUCGUUUCUACAUUGUCUUUGAAGAUGAGGAGGGUCAGGACGCUGGCGGCCUGCUACGUGAAUGGUAUGUGAUCAUAUCCCGCGAGAUCUUCAAUCCGAUGUAUGCCUUGUUCUGCGUAUCGCCGGGCGAUCGUGUCACCUACAUGAUAAAUCCCUCCAGCCAUGCCAAUCCCAAUCAUUUGAGCUACUUUAAGUUUGUCGGACGUGUGAUUGCCAAGGCUGUUCACGACAACAAGCUGCUGGAAUGUUACUUUACGCGCUCCUUCUACAAGCACAUCCUUGGCAAGCAGGUGAAGCAUACGGAUAUGGAAUCGCAGGACUAUGAAUUCUACAAGGGCCUCGACUAUCUCAUGAAGAACGACAUCUCCAAUUUGGGCUACGAACUGACCUUCUCCACCGAAGUGCAGGAGUUUGGCGUCACCCAGAUCCGUGAUCUCAAGCCAAAUGGACGCGACACACCCGUCACCGAGGAGAACAAAUUCGAGUAUGUUCAGCUGGUGUGCCAAUUAAAGAUGAGCGGCUCGAUACGUCAGCAAUUGGAUGCAUUCCUCGAGGGCUUCUACGAUAUAAUUCCAAAGCAUUUAAUCUCGAUUUUCAACGAACAGGAACUGGAACUUCUCAUAUCCGGUCUGCCAGAUAUUGAUAUAGAAGAUCUGAAGGCCAAUACCGAAUACCACAAGUACACGUCGAAAUCGGCACAGAUCCAAUGGUUCUGGCGCGCGUUGCGCAGCUUCGACCAAGCGGAUAGGGCAAAAUUCUUGCAAUUUGUCACCGGCACCUCAAAGGUGCCACUGCAGGGCUUUGGCUCAUUGGAGGGCAUGAACGGCAUACAAAAGUUCCAAAUCCAUCGCGACGAUCGUUCCACAGAUCGCCUGCCAUGUGCCCACACAUGCUUCAACCAACUGGAUUUGCCGAUGUACAAGUCAUACGAUAAAUUGCGCAGCUGCCUGCUGAAGGCCAUUCACGAGUGUUCCGAGGGCUUUGGCUUCGCCUAAGCGCAAACCCUCCAAUCCCACACACCCACAACACACCAUUCGUUGAUUCCUAGACGACGACGACAUGUAGCGCUGCGCCUACGAAAACGAAAUUUGUUUAAAUUUAAGUACAACCGCCCCAACCCUUCCCCUCCCCCACCCACAUUAUAUAUUUUCGAGAUGAGAGAGAACAGAACAGCCACUGCAGAUAUGAGAGUGUGCAAGCGCAAGGCAGCAAAUAAAGAAAGAAAGAAAC